GCGUAUACAAUACAUACGCGCGCUCGUGGAUGCGGGGGUGGUCGCGUGGACCUCGAUAUUGCCGUGCGGCGCGGCCGCUCUGCGUGAUGAUCCCCGAGCGGGCGUAGAAUGUGAGACGUGCGGGAUUUCAGACUUUACGAAUUUCGCAAGCGGUGAUCGCGUCGCGUCGCGUCACGUCACACAUCGCAUUGUAUCGUCGCGUCAUCGCCAAGAGAGGGAGAGUGGGCGGAUCGCGGAUCGCGGAUCGCGUCUCAUCCGCGGGUCGAUGGUCGACGAUCGCGCGUCCCGGUUUGACGGCGAGGACCCAGGAUGCUGAGAUUCCUGUCGCGACGGAGGGCGCGCGGCGUCAGCGGCCAGAACGCCUCGUCGCAGAUCAAGAACCAGAGGCUGCCCAGCAACAAGAAUCUCGUGCAGUGCAGGGUGGUACUGCUGGACGGCACGGAUCUGUCCAUCGACUUGUCGAAAAAAGCAUUGGCUAAUGACUUAUACGAACAGGUGUUUUACAGUCUCGACUUGAUCGAGAAGGAUUACUUUGGACUCCAAUACACGGAUAGCAAUAACGUUAAACAUUGGUUAGAUCCAACGAAACCUAUCAAGAAACAAGUCAAAAUUGGACCUCCGUACACGCUUAGGUUGAAAGUGAAAUUCUAUUCUUCGGAACCGAACACGCUGCGUGAGGAGCUAACGCGGUAUCAGUUCUUCUUGCAAUUGAAGCAAGACGUUUUGGAAGGCAGGCUUCAUUGUCCUCAUCAAGUUGCGGUUCAGCUAGCUGCUCUGGCUCUUCAAUCUGAACUAGGAGAUUACGAUCCUGUUAAUCAUAGCGCUGUGACCGUGUCGGAAUUCCGCUUCAUACCGGGUCAAACGGAGCAGAUGGAGCUGGAGAUACUGGAAGAGUACGUCAAGUGUUCUGGUCUUAGUCCAGCUCAGGCAGAAUCAGCGUAUCUUAGCAAGGCUAAAUGGCUAGACAUGUACGGCGUCGACAUGCACACUGUUCUUGGCAAAGACGCUUGCGAAUACUCUUUAGGCUUGACCCCGACCGGCAUUCUGGUCUUCGAAGGCACGCAGAAAAUCGGCUUGUUCUUCUGGCCGAAGAUCGGUCGUUUGGACUUCAAGAAGAAGAAGCUGACCCUGGUGGUCGUGGAGGAGGAUGACGAGGGUAGAGGCGAACAGGAGCAUACCUUUGUGUUCAGGCUGGUCAACGAGAAAGCUUGCAAGCAUCUUUGGAAGUGCGCGGUGGAACAUCAUGCUUUUUUCCGUCUGCGCGCACCGGUUAAGGGCGCCAGCGGUCGUCAGAACUUUUUCCGUAUGGGCUCGCGUUUCCGUUACAGCGGCAAAACGGAAUUUCAGACGACGCAGCUAAAUCGGGCGCGCCGCACCGUGCAAUUCGAGCGACGACCGAGUCAGAGGUAUGCGCGACGGCAAAGUCACGUUCUUCGCGAAAGGCAACGUCAAGUGGAGCAGCCGCAACCAUCUCCACCUCCAGCCGACGAACCCUUGCAGCGUCAGCCGAGUCGAUGCAGUACAAAAUCUUCAGACUCCUCAAGCGCUCAGGGUACGUCAUCACCUUUGAUGGAUUCCCUGCUGAAGUCUCUCGCCAAAGAUCAACAACCGCUGGAGGCCAGAAACCAGGCGACGACCAGCAGCAGUGAGAAAGAGUCAGAACCUAUGAAGACCAGUUUAACAGUUGAAACUAUCGCCAAUCAAGUGCAGCUAGUGCCUAAUAAUCAAGUGGGUGGAACAUCGUCGUUACCCCCUCGAACGCCAAUUCCACCGGAAUCCCUAAAGUGUAACAUACUGAAGGCGACCCUUGAGCAGGGAAAAAACUCGAAUUUGGUCUCCAUCACGUCCACGGACGGUUCUGGAGCGAUCGCGAAGAAGAAUCAACAUUCGGAUGCUGCGACUAUCGUUUCCGUGGGCGGUGACAAACUGACUCUCUCUGUGAGCGGAGCGACGACAGCAGUAAAUCCUUCUACCGACGACGCUGUAACUGUAACGCACUUUUCAUUGGACAGUUGGGGACAGAUCGAACAAAAGACCACGCCAUUAAGCCCGAAAGUAUCGAACCAGUCGCAAAAUCCUUUUAAUCCGUUCACUAACGAUACUGACGCGUCUAACACGGCCGAAGCUUCCGAGGAGGAAGCAAAACCGGAAGACGACAAGAAAAAGAACACUAAUCCGUUCAUAGACUCGAAUCCGUUCCUGGGCAUACUCAAUCCCUUCAAAGAUUUACAACCGGUUACAACAGAGAAAAAAGUCGACGCGGAUACAGAAAAAGCCGGAGCGCGGGUCGUUAAAACCGAGGAGAUACAAACGACCACUACGACACUUACACACAAGGAUGAAAGUCAAGCGGCGUCAGACAUUAGUCCCUGGCUGGUAGCGGAUCCGUCACAAAGUCCAGCGCCUGGUCAAACGCCAACCAAGCAUACAGUAAUCACGAGAAAGACGGUAAUUACCACACAGUUAUAAAAUAUUUAUUAAAUAUUACAAAGGAGAAAUAAUGUCGAUGUACAAUGCGCGAGAAAAUAGCACCAACGUAUAUAUAUAUAUAUUUACUUUGGUCUUCCUCGGACUGCCUACAUCUUUGUUUUUUUUUUACUUGCUUUACAAAGUGCGUGAUGUUAGUCAUGACAAUUUAUGACAAUUGUGACAAUUAAAAUUGGACACG